AUGGCCCUCCUGUUCCCUCUCCUGGCCACCCUGUUGGCGUGCAAUUAUGGCCCUGUUGGAUCUCUGGGCUGUGACCUGCCUCGGAACUCUGACUUGCUUACCAGGAAGACCUUUGUACUCUUAGGCCAAAUGAGGAGAGUUUCCCCUUUCUUGUGUCUGAAGGACAGAAGGAACUUCCAAUUCCUCCAAGAGCUACUGGAUGACAGGCAGAUCCACAGGGCCCAGGCUGUCUCUGUUCUCCAUGAGAUGUUACAGCAGAUCUUCAACAUCUUCCACACAGAGCAUGCUGCUGCUGCCUGGAACACACCCCUCCUGGAUGAACUCCGCAUGGGACUUCAUCAGCAGUUGGAGACCCUGAAAACCUGCUUAAUUCAGGUGAUAAGAGAGGAAGACUUUUCCCUGGCAAUGGAGGAUCAGGAAGUGGCCUUAAGGAAGUACUUCCGGGGAAUCCAUCUCUACCUUGAUGAGAAGAGCUACAGUGACUGUGCCUGGGAGAUAGUGAGAGUGGAAACUGUGAGAGCCUUCUCCUCUGUAGCAAAGCUGCAAGAAAGAUUAAUUAAGGCUGGAGACCUGGGAUCCUCUUGA